AUUAUUAUUUAUGUUUUUUCGGUCAUCGUUUCAGGCUGUUCAUUUAAUUAACCAGAGGUAGCUGGCUGGAAGUGAAAUCUUCAAAAAAAGGCAAAAUGAGCCCAACGAAUCAUCAAGCGAAGACCAGCCAUAUGUACCCACCACCAACCUUGAAAGUUAACAAGGACUCUCACAUGAUCAAGAAAUCUUCGCCGCCGUCGUCUUCGUCGUCGUCAUCUUCAUCCUCAGCAUCUUCUUCGCUCGGCAUUGUAGGUCCUGUCAAACCCCCACACAGCCAUCCAGUGAUCAUUUAUACUCACUCGCCCAAGAUCAUCCACACAAAUCCUAAAGAUUUUAUGGCACUGGUGCAGAAACUAACGGGUUUGUCGCGAUCCGAGGAUGAUACCGCCCCUCAAGUAAAGCGAGAAAAUGGUGGUCGUAGGGAGGAAAAUAAGAGGAAGGUGAAGAUUAAUGAUGGUAAUGAAGGAGGCUUAUGGGAUGGACAAGUUCAAUAUUCUUGUUUUAUGCAACCUCUUUUCCAGCCACCAAAUCUUAGUUACAUUCCAGUUUUUGCAUCCAAUUCAGCUGGAUUUCUAUGCGCAAACCAGCCAGUUUAUAACCACACCGAUCCUUUGUAUUUCACUUCUCCAAAUAGGAGGAAUUCCAUCGCCACAAAGUCCACCUUGGAGGUGAAGAAUGAGUUCUGCGGGUAUUAAUUUUUUUUUUUUGGUUGUUUCUUCUGAUUUUGGUGAGGAAUGGUGUUUUCUUGCUUUGUUCCUUAAUUAGAUGAGAUUUGUUACUGUUGAUGAUAUUUAAUCGGUUACUUUACAAGCAUCAAAAAGGAAAAGUGCUGUUUAUAAGGUAAUCAAACUCUAUUUAUUUGUGUUCAUACAUCCAUGCAAAAGCGUGAAGAAAAUGAUAUCUCCAUAUUUGAUCAAUCGCCAAAAAAAAAAAAAAAAGUGGUUAAGGACCGCUAAGAUAAUGAUAUGAUGAUGAUGACAACUCCAUUAGGAUAAGCAACUGGGAUUCCAUAAA